AUGAACGAAGAGGACUUAAACCAUAAACCACAAAAUAGGGAAAGCUUUCCACGUUCAUUAUAUCUGGGUCUCGACCCCUCCCAGUAUCAAAGUUUUUCAAUAAAUAGUGCACUCGAAGGAAAUCAAAUUCGACAGCAGACGGAACAGACAGGCUUAAUUUCCGCGCGGAAUCGUGUUUGCGCCUUCUUGAAGCAGCAUUCUUCUUAUGACGUCUUACCUGUUAGCUAUAGAAUAAUAGUAUUAGACACUAGCUUGCUUGUAAAAAAGGCUUUGGCUGCAUUGAUGCAGAAUGGAGUUGUUUCGGCACCACUUUGGGAUUCCACCAAUCAAAAAUUUGCUGGAAUGCUUACUGUAUCUGACUUCAUUAAUCUAAUACAGUAUUAUUACAAGCAUUCGUCUUAUUCUGUUGCAUUGGAAGAAAUCGAACAAUUUCAGAUACAACAAUUGAGAGAUGUCGAGAGUCGUUUAGGUUCGCCUUCACCUCAACUGAUGUCCAUACAUCCACUAAAAUCGUUAUACGAAGCAUGUAAAUUAUUAGUGGAGGCACAUGCACAUCGGUUACCUCUAGUCGAUGAGGAUUCAGAGACCGGACAGGAGACAAUUGUAUCCGUGUUGACGCAGUACAGAAUCUUGAAAUUUAUCGCUAUGAAUUGUAAGGAGACGAAAGACCUGAGGAAGCCAUUAUCAGAAAUAAAGAUAGGAGUUUACGAAAACAUUGCUACCGCGAAGAUGUCAACGCCUGUCAUAGAAGUUGUUAAUCUUUUCGCAGAAAGACGAAUAUCGUCGGUUCCCAUAGUGGAUGACAAUGGGACCGUGUUAAAUGUAUAUGAAACGAUGUUGGUUAGGGCUGGUGCAUAUGACGGAAUGGAUCUUCCGGUCGGUGAGGCAAUGUUGAGAAGAACCGAGGAUUUUCCCGGGGUUCACACUUGUACUCUCAAUGAUUGUCUUAAUUCAAUGUUUGAUUUGAUAAGAAAGGCACCAGUACAUCGUCUGAUCGUGGUAGAUUCGGAAAAUAAGUUGAAGGGAAUAGUAUCGCUAUCAGAUAUUAUGCGCACGAUAGCGUUACUUCCGGUGGACAUAUUUUUGGUCUCUUCUACAACCAACCCAGAUACCGGUCUAAAACACUCAUGGGCCACCAAAGAGCAGGUUGAUAGCAUUGUGGGUGAACUAAAGUUUGUUUAUUAUGGAAUGUACGGUUUAAUUGCGGUUUUUUGCGCGGUCCUCAUUCCUUUUGCGUAUUUUUACUUUGAAGAACUCGAAGAGGAUGAAACAAGUCAACAACGCUUCUUAGGGGCGUUGAAAUAUACCGCGUUCUUUAUAGCAUUCAUUUUUACUUGUUUGAUCUUUGGCAUUCUUAUACAGCCACAGGAGAAAACACCAAUUGACUUGGACUUUUUCAGAAAGCUGUUGACCGGAAGCAUGGGAGAAAGGAGCAUUUCGUUCGUGAUGGCGGUUCUCAUGAUCGUGGGAAUGGCGGUGUCUAUUACUUACACUGCUCCCGGGCUUUCCCUUCUCCCAAUUGGCAUGAUCAAAGGAACGAAACAGUACGAUACUUUAGAAAAUGCGGAAAUUGUCAAUAAUCUUGUUCUUAAUCGCGAGAAACAAAGGAUUAUCAGAGCGAAAUAUCAAGGUUCCAACAAUGCAAUGUCAAGAAUUGAUACCAAGGAAAUGGAAAAGUUGCAAACUGAAGAAAAAAUUUUGGUCCGUCAGUUAAGAGAAUCCGAGGCUUCUCGAACUGGAAUAUGGAACAAGAUUUUAUAUAUCUUGAGACCAUUUGAGUUUGUAGGUGGCAUCAUAUUGCUUCUUCUGACGGUUGGGAUCGUGCUCUCCGUGUUCUUGACCUGUAUUGACAAGAUCAAGAAUUCAGUGUGUGGAAAGGACUGUGGAUAUAUCAUUAGUCAUUCCGAGAUAUUUAACCCCCUUAAUUAUAUCUUCGUCCAUUUAUCAAAAUAUUUCCCGGUCGAUUACUUUUUCGCCGUCCUCUUGAUCCUUUAUUUCUUCAGCAGCACCGUGGUUGGCGUCGUAUCAAUUGGAAUUCGCUUUUUAUGGAUUCAUCUCUACAAGAUUCGCAGAAGUGCUACCCCACCUCAGGCAUUACUUUUUGCCGCAAUGGUACUGAUGAUGAGUUUGUUAGCACUGAAUUAUACCCUAACAAUGGUGGUGGCUCCACAAUACGCACAAUUUGGAAGCCAGAAAUAUUGUAACCAUACUGUCGGGGAAGUGCGUGAUUGUCACGAUUAUCCGCAACUGAUUAUUCCUUGUGACGUCACCGCACCAACAGAUAUUUGUACGCCGACCAUAACUUCUACAUUCCUUCAUCGUAUAAUGAUGAAUACUCCGUUCUUUGGUGUCGUAUUUUACUAUGCUCAGUGGGCAUUUUUAGCUGUGGUAGGGGUUGGAAUCAUCUGGUCACUGAUUAGAUCGCCUGGCAGGGCAUAUGAUGACGGUGCACUCGAGGAGGAAGAAGAAGGGUUAUUGAAUUCUUCCAGAAAUAGAAAUAACCAACAAUAA